AUGCCCGGAGCGUCCGCUACCAUGACGGAGCCUCCCGCCGUGGACGUGGACGCGCUGCUUCCUGAGACUCCUGUGGGCGCCAUCGCCACGCUCACGUCUGCACGUGACAAGGCUCAGGCCCUCACACAUGCUCAGCAUCCACCUCGACUCUUUGGUGGAUAUCUUCGCAAGCGUUACUCUAGCAGUAUGUACAUGGGUUCGUGGCGCUUCUGUGUGCUUCAAGGCGCGCGUCUGCGCUGGUAUCGCAGUAAGGAAUGCGCCGAGACAGACACACAACUACGUGGAGAGGUCUGGGUGCAGAGCAUCGAGCCCUGGGACGGUCGAACCGCGCUCGCUACGUAUCCUCACGCCUUCGCAGUGCGUACAACGUCCAAGAAACUGCUCCUGUGUACUGCCGAGACGCAGAGAGAUCGCGAUUUGUGGCUACAGCAUCUGGAGCGAGCUUUACAGCGCUCCAAGAGCACAGCAGAGCUGCUAGCGGCCGUCAACAGUGACGAAGGAGGACGUCGCAUCGUCCCUGGAGAUAUGAGACCGCCUCCCACACCCUGUGCCUUCCAAGAACGACCCGCAGCGGGCUCCGACGCCACGUCCAUUCGGUCAGCGCCGUCGGAUUUGACGUACGGACAGUCACUCGCUUUGGGAGACGCUGGAUGCGCUGAGUGUUACGUGCGUUUCCGGCCACUCAUGACGCGCCGCGUGUUGUGCGGCUCGUGCGCUCGCGCCUUCUGUGCGCGUCACUGUAGCCACGGCAUUCGUCUGCAACAUCUCGGACUGCGAGCAGCGCGACGCUGCUGUGAUCACUGUACCCAAAGGCAGGAGUUUAUUGGCUACUUACGCUCGACCAAGCGGUUCCUGGGGCCAAUGGUGAGUCGUGGCAUCUCCAUGGACGCACUGGUGGCUCGUAGUGACGCUAGGAACCAGACAGGGGACAUGUUUGCUCGGACACUGCACAAGCUUCGACAUGGACCCAUGACACUCAACAGAACGAUCAAGAUUCUGUACCAGACGAGGAAGAAGCCGCAUCUGUUCCGUGUGGCGUGUGAGCGACUCCCGUUCUACACCGAAACGUGUGUAGAUCGCGUUGAAAACUUGUGGUACCAGCUGCUGCAUCUUGUCCAGUGCUUGGACGCUGAGCCAGCGCCUCGUUGUGCGGCUCAGCUGUUCUAUCUGCAGCGAUAUAUCCGUGCUAUCUGUCGUCGGUGUCCUCGUAUUGCACUACAGACGAUCUGGCACGCGCAGGCGUCGGUAGGAGACGGAAAUUACCACAAUCUACACCCACACACGCUGUUAUCGUUGCUUGGCUUCAUCUACCCGAACACGAUGCUGCCAGAAAGCUCGCGGAUGUUCAGUAUCUGGAAGGAUCUGGUGUUUGCAGACUGCCCCGAGCACCAACUGGCUCAGAUCCUUGCCGAUUUACGAGAAAUCAAUGCGCACAUGGAGAAGUUGAUCUCACUGGAGCCUGAUUCGAUGAUUGAGCGAUGGCUGAAUGCCAAAACUUUGCCGCAGUUCGAGAAUUGUGCUGCGGAGAUGGCAGCGUCGGGGAUUGAACUGUGUGAGUUCCAGUCCAGUAUUUUGUACGACUCGUUGGAUGUUGAUAGUAGCAAUCUGUCGGAUGAGCCUCCAGGGACUGGCAUUGAGUCGUUGGUACUGGAACAAGUGAGUUUCGUGCAGUCCCUGGCAGCUAUUAGCGAACGUCUGCGUCAUAUUCAGCCCGUGUCAGACCGUGGGAAGUAUUUGGCUGGCGAAUUGGAGACGCUGAACAACUCACUUCAAUCCUCGGCGCUGUAUCCGUUGAGUGCGGCAUCCGACGAGUUGUACCAAGUGGUACGGAUCCCGCCGACCGAAGGCAAGGUCUUUUCCACUAAAAUGCGCGCUCCUACUUUAAUCUUCGUGGAGACUGUCCCAGUGCAGAGUGCAGGAGCGAUUGGCCUCGACGACACUGACACAGAACGUCUCCGGCCUUUUGUAUUCAGCUCUCACCCUCGUAAUUCCACCUUUUUUGAGUCUGCUGUGCUGGAUGAAAUCGAAGCGUCUGCUGUAUCUUCUAGUGGGGAAACGAUGCUGUCGCCGUACAGCAGCUCCACGCUUGCUACACCUACGCCAACUAGCACUGCUGCCGGCCCCGUGACUUGUGUCGAGAACUUUGUGUAUGACAGCAAGAUAUUUGGCGAGAGUUGGGAGGAGCGCAAAGCCCGUAUCCAGAGCGAGUCACCGAUGGGGAAACUGCCUGGAUGGGACCUCUUCUCGGUGAUCGUUAAGACUAACGACGACUUGAGACAAGAAGUGUUCACGAUGCAGCUUAUCCACAAGCUCAAGUCCAUUUUCGAGUUUGAGGCGCCACACUUGUGGCUGCGCACUUACCGUAUCGUCGCCACUGGAGCUAAUAUCGGCCUACUGGAGACAAUUACAGACGCUUGCUCGCUGGACCACCUCAAGAAGACGUUCCCAGGAGGGAAUUUGGCUGACUACUUUCGCAGUGUGUACGGCAGCGACACGUUGAGCUCGGAGUUUAUCGCUGCGCAGCGUCGGUUUAUUGAAAGCAUGGCUGCGUACUCCAUCGUGAGCUACGUUCUGCUGCUUAAGGACCGUCACAAUGGCAACAUCUUGCUCAGUUCAGAGGGCCGCGUGAUUCACAUCGACUUCGGCUUCAUCCUAGGCAUCGCUCCUGGAGGCAUGUUCAGUGUUGAAGACGCCCCGUUCAAACUUACGAAGGAGAUGGUUGACGUAAUGGGAGGUUUGGGAUCACAUGGCUACAAGCAUUUCCGCAACUGUUUGUACGAGGGCUUUGUGGUGCUUCAGAAAUAUCACUCAGAGAUCGCUGCACUGCUGCAAACAACAGGCCAGCAUUCCCCAUUCCCUUGUUUCCACGGUGCUAAAUUGGCGCGUGUAAUUACCAGUUUACGGACGCGUUUAUGUGUCGGUCUUUCGCGACGAGAUAUCCGACACCGUGUGGACCAGCUGAUACGUAAGAGCUACAACGCCUGGGGGACGCGGCAAUAUGACUCGUUCCAGCUACGUAGCAACAACAUUCAUCCGUAG